AUGAAAUCAUUAUUGGGUCUUCUUUCUCUUUUGCUUAUUUUCUGUCUCUCAAUCGAUGCAUACGUUGUCUCGUAUGAUCCACAGCAAAGCAUCGAUGAAUUCUCGGGACAAGCGGAGAAGAGAAUGUCUCGACAAACCCUCAUUCGACUCAUGAUGCAAAGGGAUCGCAACGCCGGACCCGGGCCAAUCAAGCGAAGCGGAAACGCCGUCGAGAGGCGAUCAAUCGAUCAAGCCGACGAUUUCCAAAAUUGUUUCCUUUCACCCGUUCAGUGUAUGAUCUCGAGAAAUCGUCGACGG